CGAGAUCCAUAUCAACACGCAGAGCGGAAGUCAAUGGGAUGGCAUGUUACACCCUUCUCCUUCAAUACUCCAAUCCACAAGCACUGCUUUGGCAGGCUCGUGAAGAUUUGCUUCAAACACUUUGGUGAUCCCGAGAGUGGAUGUUUCUACAAUGGCCAGAAGCACCGGGAGGCACCAGAGUCUCUGGACAACGGAAUCCAUCACUGGAACGAUCGUGGCGGCAUCGUCGGUCGUGGUGUUCUGCUCGAUUAUGUGCGGUACGCGGACAUGAAAGGCAUCAAAUACGACGUCAUGACCAGACAUCAGAUCUCUGUGGACGCUCUGGAAGACAUGGCUCGGGAGCAGAACGUCGAGCUGAAGCCAGGAGACAUAUUCAUAGUUCGUAGCGGAUUCACAAAAUGGUACGAGAGCGCUUCGCAAGAGGACCGGGUGGCGAAGAUUCAAAACGCAGAUGGCUCGAAGUUAGCCUGGACCGGUGUCGAAGGCAGCAUGCGGACAGUCGAGUGGCUGUGGAACCAUCAUUUUGCGGCAGUGGCUGGUGAUUGCAUUUCUUUCGAGCAAUGGCCAUUCAAUCCAGAGUGCAUCCUACACAAGUAUCAACUAGCUUUUUGGGGCUCCCCAAUUGGCGAAAUAUGGGAUCUGGAGAAACUGGCCAAGACAUGUGAGGAGUUAAAGCGCUGGAGCUUCUUCUUCACAUCGGCACCACUCAACGUGGUCGGAGGAGUGGCAUCGCCCCCCAAUGCCAUAGCCAUCUUCUAGGCACGUUGCGAAGAGGACGGCAGCCUAUGAAUCGGAGCUUAAGCGUAGCUUGUAUA